AUGCAAAAGGCUGGCCCACCACCACCAUAUACGCCUGAAAGUCCUCCGAAAUACUCAUACUCGGAAUCAUCACCUCUUCUUCCAAUAGUGACCAGGGAUCCUCUUUCAGAAUUGGGAGAGGCGAAUAACAGAAAGAGAGAGAAGUCCUGCAAGACAUCACUCACCGUUAUCGCGGCAUUCUUGACUGCAAUUAUAAUUCUCAGUUCAGGAAUUUCGUUGUGGCCUAUCAUUCGGAAUGGGAUUCCAGCAACAAGAGUCGUGAAUUUCAAGAUCGGAAUUAUUGGUGGUGGACCUGCGGGGAUCGGUGCAGUUCAAGAGAUUGUAGUUUAUGAAGAGAAGACAAGAGUUGGCGGGAGGAUGGUAGUUGAGGGUACAACCGGCAUGAAGCUUGAGGUUGAAGAUGUUGCGAGCGGAGUAUUGAAUGGCAAGCUAUUGAGCAUUAUUGGAGGGUUGACAGAUGUGAAGGAGCAAAAAGAUAUGGCUACUGAAAGCGAAGAUCUUAGAAUAGGAAAAGUUGGAUAUUUCAACGUCAACGAUAUCGUUACUGAGACAUACCGACCUUAUGCUACCACUCCUUGGAAACAUUAUAUCUCUCUUCUCUUCAGAUAUGGUCCUUCUGUUUGGCUUGCUCCAAAAAUUCCCACGGGGACUAUGAAAUCCUUCCAUACUUUCCUUUCCACACUCGACACUAUAGGGGUAUCCUCCAUCAGAGAUCUGACCUACAUAAUGUCCAACAAAUUUGGAUACACCCCCUCCAGUCUCCCCGCAAGCGAAAGACUGAAGAAAAACGGAAUCGGAGGAAAUUACGUACGAGAUAUACUAGCCCCGCAAGUUCGGCGUCAUACUGGACAGUCGAUUGAGCAGAUAAGUGAUCUGACACUAAGUAUUGCACUUGAGCAAGAAGAAUCAGGGUCUCCGAAGGCUGUGAACCAUGGAUUUUAUCAAAUGGUGAUAGAGAGGUCAUUGAAAGAGAAUAAAGCAACACUCCAACUCGGUGCAAGAGUCACACAAGCUCGCUGGAAAAAAGUCAUUGGAGAUGAUGCAAAGUGGGUGAUACAAUGGGAAAACGCAGCACGUAUCGGGGAAAAUCUAGGUGCUGAAGAAUUCGAUAAAAUUAUCAUCGCCGCGCCGUUUAACUACACAGAACUCCUAGGAAAAACACAGGAUGGCGAAUCACUCUACCCUCUCGACGACGAUACCCAGGAUAUCGAAUACCAACCCCUAUACAUUACAUUCUUCACCACCUCCUCACUCCUCACUUCUUCACUUAAGAACGCCCCAUCCCCUCUACCCGCACAACUCCUCCCCAUCCUCGAUUCCCGCCAACCCUCCACUUCCCCCUUCAACACCCUCAUCGAACUUUCUCUUCUCCGCACCAUUUUCCCUCCUUCUCAAUCACCAGAUUUCAAUCCCCAUUCUCCUAAUCCCCAAAACCAUCCAGAAUACCUCUACCGUCUCCUCUCCUCCCACCCCAUCUCCUUCACUUCAUUCUCUAGCAUCCUCCAUUUCCCCAACACAACAAAAGUAGAAAAUUGGAAUCAGCAGGAAAUUCCACACGCAUAUCCACUCAUACAAACUUUGCUCCCCGAUGCAGAACAAGAAAAAGGAUCUCUGAAACUUGGAGAUCAUAUAUGGACGACGCGGGGAAUAGAGAGGGUAUUGGGGGAUUUGGUAGAGGGGGCGUGGAAUGCGGGGAGGAUGGUGGGGGGGAAUAUUGCGGAGGAGAUUUUUGAGGAGGCAGAGGGGAAGGGGAUUAAGAAAUAG